GGAGAGCGCUACGGAUGGUGGGAAAACAAUGAUCCUGACCCAAAGAAACGUGAUGUGGCGAUGGUGCAUGGUGCUGUGAACGACUGCCGGACGAGAGUCCUCCUGGAUACCGGUGCGACUGUGAAUAUUGUUAGCUUCGACUUAGCGCGUAAGCUCGGACUCACACUCAAGUCGCACAAGCAAACCAAGGUGUCUGGCAUAGGAGGCGUUCCCACGUACAUCGGUGCCAGUGCUCAGGUGAAGAUUACUCUCGGUUCGAGGGUGAUAUAUCUCCUGGAUGUCUGGAUUGCUAACAUCGGCGAAGGGAUCGAAGUGCUUCUGGGUAUGAGUUUCAUGUUUGCAGCUGGAGUCAGGAUCAGUGUUCGCGAAGGUCUCGUGACACUUCCGGAUGAAGAGGCGAUCAUGAUGUGUGGAUGGACUCCAGAGGAUCGCCUGGGUGUCGACAUGCCCGUGGAAACCACAGGUAGUUGGUACCUGGCCCCUGGGGAAUCCAAGCGUGAGGUUGUGUGGGCAGGACGAGGUGACCACUGGGUAACGCACCUGAUUUACGCUGCGAGAUCCUGGCCGGUCGCCGUGAAGGUGGUCAACAUCUCGGACAAGGACCUCUGGAUUCACAACAGAACGCCAGUCGCCCGAAUUGUGGAGUACGGCUUCUUCCCACGUGCCGGACGCUUUGCGCGCCCUGGUUCGUUUGCGUAUCAGGAGUGGCAGACGCUUAUUCUGGAGAGUGUUCAGUCGCAUGAGGGCAGACUUCGGGCGGAACGCCUGGCUGCGCUUGAGCCAUCCUGUGUCGAGACCCCAGAGUAUCAGUGGCCUACGAAGAUUCUGCGGCGA